AACCCCCAACAGUGUUUCCCAACCCUGCUCCUCCAGUACCCCCAACAGUGUUUCCCAACCCUGCUCCUCCAGAACCCCCAACAGUGUUUCCCAACCCUGCUCCUCCAGUUCCCCCAACAGUGUUUCCCAACCCUGCUCCUCCAGUUCCCCCAACAGUGUUUCCCAACCCUGCUCCUCCAGUACCCCCCAACAGUGUUUCCCAACCCUGCUCCUCCAGUACCCCCAACAGUGUUUCCCAACCCUGCUCCUAAUCCCGGUCCCUGUUGCUAGAGCAGUGACUUCAACUAGCUUUGUCUGCCACCUAUUGGAAAGGAAUGGUAACUACACUGGGCAGCUAGUUGAAUCAAAGGAUACUUUAAAAAUAUAUGUCAUUUACAUGGUAGUGGAAACAGAUAAAAGAAACAGGAUUACAAAAAUACAUAGCCAAUUACAGGGUUAUUAAGGUGUUUGUAAAAGUCUUUGCCUCAUGCACAAGAUCAAUAGACAAACAACAGCAGCAUACCUUAAAGGGGCAAUCAGCAGUUGCUACAUCCAUUUUUGCACUUAUAAAUUAAUGAUAUGUAACCAUUGAUUUUUGAAUAAUCUAAUUUAUAAAUGCCUCAUGAGCUUAGUUCAAUUGUCGUACCUGAUCAGAACCCCAAAUAUAAGCUUGUUUUACGCCAACAUUUGUAAAGAAAGAAAAUGUAAACAAACACUAUAUACAGUUGAAGUCGGAAGUUUACCUUAGACAAAAUACAUUUAAACUCAGUUUUUCACAAUUCCUGACAUUUAAUCCUAGUAAAAAUUCCCUGUCUUAGGAUCACCACUUUAUUUUAAGAAUGUGAAAUGUCAGAAUAAUAGUAGAGAGAAUGAUUUAUUUAAGCUUUUAUUUCUUUCAUCAUAUUCCCAGUGGGUCAGAAGUUUACAUACACUCAAUUAGUAUUUGGUAGCAUUUAAAUUGUUUAACUUGGGUGAAACGUUUCGGGUAGGCUUCCACAAGCUUCCCACAAUAAGUUGCGUGAAUUUUGGCCCAUUCCUCCUGACAGAGCUGGUGUAACUGAGUCAGGUUUGUAGGCCUCCUUGCUCACACACGCUUUUUCCGUUCUGCCCACACAUUUUCUAUAGGAUUGAGGUCAGGGCUUUGUGAUGGCCACUCCAAUACCUUGACUUUGUUGUCCUUAAGCCAUUUUGCCACAACUUUGGAAAUAUGCUUGGGGUCAUUGUCCAUUUGGAAGACCCAUUUGCGACCAAGCUUUAAUUUACUGACUGAUGUCUUGAGAUAUUGUUUCAAUAUCUCCACCUAAUUUUCCUUCCUCAUGAUGCCAUCUAUUUUGUGAAGUGCACCAGUCCCUCUUGCAGCAAAGCACCCCCACAGCAUGAUGCUGCCACCCCCGUGCUUCACGGUUGGGAUGGUGUUCUUCGGUUUGCAAGCAUUCCCCUUUUUCCUCCAAACAUAACGAUGGUCAUUAUGGCCAAACAGUUCAAUUUUUGUUUCAUCAGACCAGAGGACAUUUCUCCAAAAAGUACGAUCUCUGUCCCCAUGUGCAGUUGCAAACCGUAGUCGGGCUUUUUAUGGCGGUUUUGGAGCAGUGGCUUCUUCCUUGCUGAGCGGCCUUUCAGGUUAUGUCGAUAUAGGACUCGUUUUACUGUGGAUAUAGAUACUUUUGUACCUGUUUCCUCCAGCAUCUUCACUGGGUCCUUUGCUGUUGUUCUGGGAUUGAUUUGCACUUUUCGCACCAAAGUACGUUCAUCUCUAGGAGACAGAACGCGUCUCCUUCCUGAGUGGUAUGACGGCUGCGUGGUCCCAUGGUGUUUAUAUUUGCGUACUAUUGUUUGUACAGAUGAACGUAGUACCUUCAGGCAUUUGUAACUCGCUGUUGGCUGGGCUCCCUGCCUGUGCCAUUAAACCCCUACAACUUAUCCAGAAUGCCGCAGCCCGUCUGGUGUUCAACCUUCCCAAGUUCUCUCACGUCACCCCGCUCCUCCGCACACUCCACUGGCUUCCAGUUGAAGCUCGCAUCUGUUACAAGACCAUGGUGCUUGCCUAUGGAGCUGUGAGGGGAACGGCACCUUCGUACCUUCAGGCUCUGAUCAGUCCCUACACCCAAACGAGGGCAUUGCGUUCAUCCACCUCUGGCCUGCUGGCUCCCCUUCCUCUGCGGAAGCAUAGUUCCCGCUCAGCCCAGUCAAAACUGUUCGCUGCUCUGGCACCCCAAUGGUGGAACAAGCUCCCUCACGACGCCAGGACAGCGGAGUCACUCACCACCUUCCGGAGACAUUUGAAACCCCACCUCUUUAAGGAAUAACUGGGAUUGGAUAAAGUAAUCCUUCUACCCCCCCACCCCCCCUAAAAAUUUUUUAAAAUAGUUUAUAAAUUGUAAAGUGGUUAUCCCACUGGCUAUAGGGUGAAUGCACCAAUUUGUAAGUCGCUCUGGAUAAGAGCGUCUGCUAAAUGACGUAAAUGUAAAUGUAAAUUUGGAAAUUGCUCCCAAGGAUGAACCAGACUUGUGGAGGCUGAUUUCUUUUGAUUUUCCCAUGAUGUCAAGCAAAGAGGCACUGAGUUUGAAGGUAGGCCUUGAAAUACAUCCACAGGUACACCUCCAAUUGACUCAAAUGAUGUCAAUUAGCCUAUCCAAAGCUUCUAAAGCCAUGACAUCAUUUUCUGGAAUUUUCCAAGCUGUUUAAAGGCACAGUCAACUUAGUGUAUGUAAACUUCUGACCAACUGGAAUUGUGAAACAGUGAAUUAUAAGUGAAGUAAUCUGUCUGUAAACAAUUGUGGGAAAAAUUACUUGUGUCAUGCACAAAGUAGAUGUCCUAACCGAAUUGCCAAAACUAUAGUUUGUUAACAAGAAAUUUGUGGAGUGGUUGAAAAACAAGUUUUAAUGACUCCAACCUAAGUGUAUGUAAACUUCCGACUUCAACUGUAUUUCGGAUCUUGCACACACUCUUCCAUAUUAUCUCUUGGCUCACACUGUGAUGAUUGUGAUUCUGAGCUCUCAGGUUCAUACAGCGAGUCCUGGUCUUCACUCAACUCACUCUCCGUCAGCUCCGUCUGUGGCGGAUAGAACUAACAUGGAUUUGCAUGCACCUCCUCUGUCUCCUCCAGGAUGAAAACCUUCUCAGGGAUGAAGAUGUCCUCCUGAACACAAACAAACGUUUUGUUAAGACAACUGAACCCAAAUAUAUUGGUUGGCGUUAACAAGCUAUCUGUCUUGUAUGCUAUGUCACACACACACACACACACACACACACACACACACACACACACACACACACACACACACACACACACACACACACACACACACACACACACACACACACACACACACACACACACACACACACACACAGGGACAUUUAUUUUUCAGCAAACAUUAGCUAUGUCAACUUCAGUCUAGCUAAAUGAGGUGGAGCUCACAAAACAUUCCAAAGACAAAUCUGUUAACAAAAUGUAUUACAGUACUUUAUCUUAGGUGGAAGAUAGCUGGAGUAACUACCUAAUAACAGACCUACACAGAGAAACUGUGUUGCAAUAUUAGUUGCAGUUGAGUUGCUUGCUAACGUUAGUUGCUGGGGGGUGUUACACAAAACACUUCAGACGCAAUUAGCUAGUUACCUUCAACUAGAGUUGCAACAAAGUAGUCCAGUGUCUAACGCUAGCCUCGUCCAACAACAGUCAUGACUCAUGACCGGUUAACGUUACCUCAGGCUCCAUUGACUCGUGUCGCCUCAGUCUGGCUUUUGCUUGACUCCGAAGUCAGCGAUGUUGAUGAUGGUCGGUCGGCGCUGACCAUAGCUCAAAUAAACCUUGUUGACGAUCAAAAUACUAAAUAUAGAGGUGUUAUGUUAAAUGCACAUGUUUAAGAUUAGUGCAUUGAAUGCGUGCGUCUCUUUGCUUAGAUUUACAUCCUAAAGUGUUUCCAUUCCCCUUUAAUAAAGAGCAGUGAUACUAUCAAGAGCAGCGAUACUAUCAAGAGCAGUGAUACUAUCAAGAGCAGUGAUACUAUCAAGAGCAGUGUGUGGGUUUCUUAUUUAUUCUCAUAUACACUGAACAAAAAUAUAAACACAACAAUUAAGGAUUUUACUGAGUUACAGUUCAUAUAAGGAAAUCAGUCAAUUGAAAUAAAUUAAUUUUACCCUAAUCUAUGGAUUUCACAUGACUGGGAAAACCGAUAUGCAUCUGUUGGUCACGGAUACCUUAAAAGAUAGGUAGGGGCGUCGAUCAGUAUCUGCUGUGACCACAAUUUGCCUCAUGCAGCGCGACACAUCGUCUUCGCAUAGAGUUGAUCAGGCAGUUGAUUGUGGCCUGUGGAAUGUUACCCCACUCCUCUUCAAUGGCUGUACGAAGUUGCUGGAUAUUGGUCAAUCCAGAGCAUCCCAAACAUGCUCAAUGGGUAGUGACGUGUGGUGAGUAUGAAGGCCAUAGAAGAACUGGGACAUUUUCAGCUUCCUGGAAUUGUGUACAGAUCCAUGCGACAUGGGGCCGUAUAUUAUAAUGCUGAAACAUGAGGUGAUGGUGGCGGAUGAAUGGCACGACAAUGGGCCUCAGGAUCUCGUCAAAGUAUCUCUGUGCAUUAAAAUUGCCAUCGAUAAAAUGCAAUUUUGUUCAUUGUCCAUAGCUUAUGCCUGCCCAUACCAUAACCCCACCAUGGGGCACUCUGUUCACAACGUUGACAUCAGCAAACCGCUCGGCCACACGACGCCAUACACACCGUCUGCCAACUGCCCGGUACAGUUGAAACCGGGAUUCAUCUGAGAAGAGCACACUUCUCCAGCGUGCGAGUGCCCAUCGAAGGUGAGCAUUUGCCAACUGAAUUUGGUUACGACACUGAACUGCAGUCAGGUCAAGACCUUGGUGAGGAUGACGAGCACGCAGAUGAGCUUCCCUGAGAUGGUUUCUGACAGUUUUUGCAGAAAUUCUUCAGUUGUGCAAAACCACAGUUUCAUCAGCUGUCCGGGUGGCUGGUCUCAGACAAUCCAGUAGGUGAAUAAGUCGGAUGUGGAGGUCCUGGGCAGGCGUGGUUAUUCAACUUAGAUUGUUGUCCGUAGCUUAUGUCUGCCCAUACCAUAACCCCACCCCCACCAUGGGGCACUCUGUUCACAACGUUGACAUCAGCAAACCGCUCACCCACACGACGCCAUACACGUGGUCUGCGGUUGUGAGGCAGGUUGCACGUACUGCCAAAUUCUCUAAAACGAUGUUGGAGGGGGCUUAUAGUAGAGAAAUGAACAUUAAAUGUUCUAACAACAGCUCUGGUGGACAUUCCUGCAGUCAGCAUGCCAAUUGCACGCUCCCUCAAAACUUGAGAAAUCUGUGGCAUUGUGUUGUGACAAAAAUUCACAUUUCAGAGUGGCCUUUUAUUGUCCCCAGCACAAGGUGCACCUGUGUAAUGAUCAUGCCGUUUAAUCAGCUUCCUGAUAUGCCACACCUGUCAGGUGGAUGGAUUAUCUUGGCAAAUGAGAAAUGCUCACUAACAGGGAUGCAAAAAACAUUUGCACAAAAUCUGAGCAAAAUAAGCUUUUCGUACGUAUGGAAAAUGUUUUAUUUCAGCUCAUGAAACAUGGGACCAACAUUUUACAUGUCCAUAUUUUUGUUAGGUAUACAUUACAGAAGACUGAAAUAUAACAAAACCGUUUGACAUAGAAACACCAGAUUUUCAGUGGGUAUUUUUGAAAUAAUGUUUAUUAAUUAUGAAAUUAUGAAAAAUAUGAAUAACAUUCCACCCAUGAGGCCACUAGGUCAUUCGACUACAGGAAAGGGCUACCCAAUCCUGUGAACGGGUUAGGCAACUCCGGUGUCUAUACUAUACUAAACAGCAAAGUUAGACAAGAUGUGCUGCUUUGUAAAUGUCAUUCCUGUUCAUCAUGUUAAGUUUAUACACUAUACAUUUCAUUUCUCCUAGAAUAUUUUUUGCACAUGACAUAUUCUAAUAUACAUUUCACAACAUUAUUAUUUACCUAUCCCAACAUUGGGAUAUGCAUAGGCACUUUAGGAACUCAUACACUUGUGUAAGCCUCAUUAACGCUACAACAGUGUCAGUGUUCAACCUUAACAUGUGAUGACAAUACAACAGAACAGAUGAUGACAUUUCCUCUCACAGGUGACCAAAAAUAACUAUCUGAAAGCCACGCAACUAGUCUUCUGAUCUGACCCGCUGGGUCAUAUCUCAAUAACCCGGCAUCAAUAACCCAGCACCCAGCAUCAAUAACCCAGCAGUUUUUAAAGAACAAUCCAACUAAGUGACCCAACGCCUGCAACCCAGCAGUUGGGUCAUCCAAACAACUCAUCAUGUUUUUUUUAGAGUGUAGCUUCUCAAUGGAGGAGGUGAGAUCAGUCACAUGAUUCAAGUUGUAUUUGUAUUUUGUAUGGAUUCAUACCAAUUCUCUUGGUCAAUAAGUAUUUCCAAAAAUUAUUGAAUGAUUGAUUAAAUGAUUGAUUGAUGGAAAUUGUAUAUAUCUGAGAUUGUCAAUCUCUCACUCCCUCUUUCUCUCUCUCUCAUUCCCUCUUUCUCUCUUACCCUCUCUCACUCAACUUUAUCUCCCCCCCCCCGACCCCUCCCUCCCUUGUCUCCGUAGCGAUGAGUCGCAGCAUCGUACGACAGAGUAAGUUCCGGCACGUCUUCGGCCAGGCGGUGAAGACGGAGCAGGGCUACGAUGACAUACGCGUUUCCAAGGUGACGUGGGACAGCUCGUUCUGUGCCGUCAACCCAAAGUUCCUGGCCGUCAUCGUGGAGUCCAGUGGGGGCGGAGCCUUGCUCGUCCUGCCCCUCUCUAAGGUCGGUCAGCCCUUAAAAGGAGCAAUCCGGCAGUUGAAACAAUAACAAAGCAGUAACCCUGACACUUCUUUUGGUAAACAGCCGAGGGAUGGGUCUGGAGGUCAGGGAUAUCUGUUUUUGACCUUUACCUGUAUUUUCUUAACUUAUCCUGAAAGCAGUCUAUUGGCUGAAAGACAGUCAUCCAUGGUUCGAUUUGUUUCAAAAGCCACUACUAAUACAAACUCACAAUAUUCAAAAAUGUGUGACCCAUUUGAAAUCAACUCAAUGACAGGGGGUCAUGAUUCAACCAGAACAGAAUGUGCUAACAUCGCACUGCACUUGACUUUUAAAGGUAAUCAAUGUUUUAACCGAUAUCCGUGUCAUUUACAGCGAAUGUGAUCUCUGCUAAAGUCAUGGAAAUUGCCUGUAGUGGUCAAGUGCAGUGCGAUGCACCGUAUGUAGGUUUGUUUGAAUCCCAGCCUUGGUUUGAAGUUACUUAGAGAUGAUUUAACCCAAUAUUUUGAACAAUGAUAAGCUUUCUGUGUUAAGGGUUGGACAGUUGAGUUUGACAGUUGACAGGUAAAAACUAUACUUACUUUAGGUAGCUGAUCUACAGUGGUCCUAGCUGGGUCUAAGGUCUCAGUGUGUUUACGUUGAGAAUGUCAGAGUGGUGUGUUACCUUUCCCUAGUCCAGCUGAUCUGCCUGAAGGAAACAGAGUUGAUACUGUGGACACGAUUUAGGUCAAUUCAAAAGAUAUAUUCAGUCAAUGUUGUGAUUAUGUGUGAGAGUACACCUCUAAUGUCUGUGUGUGUGAGUGUGUACAGUAAGCUCUACCCCCCUGAGCCUCACCCUUUUCACCCCUAUAGGGGUCUUCUCUCUUGGGCCAGAAGUGUUUGCUUCGUGCACCAGAGCAAAGUUCUGCACCUUCCACAGGGACACAGAAACAACAGAACUGCACACCUUCCACAGGGAAUACAGAAACAAUCGAACUGCACCUGUUUCUUCCCACAGGGAACACAGAAACAAUAGAACUGCACCUGUUUCUUUCCACAGGGACACAGAAACAAUAGAACUGCACCUGUUUCUUCCCACAGGGAACACAGAAACAAUAUAACUGCACCUGUUUCUUUCCACAGGGAAUACAGAAACAAUAGAACUGCACCUGUUUCUUCCCACAGGGAACACAGAAACAAUAGAACUGCACCUGUUGCUUUCCACAGGGAACACAUAAACAAUAGAACUGCACCUGUUUCUUUCCACAGGGAACACAGAAACAAUAGAACUGCACCUGUUUCUUUCCACAGGGAACACAGAAACAAUAGAACUGCACCUGUUUCUUUCCACAGGGAACACAGAAACAAUAGAACUGCACCUGUUUCUUCCCACAGGGACACAAAAACAAUAGAACUGCACCUGUUUCUUCCCACAGGGACACAAAAACAAUAGAACUGCACCUGUUUCUUUCCACAGGGAACACAGAAACAAUAGAACUCACCUGUUUCUUUCCACAGGGACACAGAAACAAUAGAACUGCACCUGUUUCUUCCCACAGGGAACACAGAAACAAUAGAACUGCACCUGUUUCUUUCCACAGGGAACACAGAAACAAUAGAACUGCACCUGUUUCUUUCCACAGGGAACACAGAAACAAUAUAAUUGCACCUGUUUCUUCCCACAGGGAACACAGAAACAAUAUAACUGCACCUGUUUCUUCCCACAGGGAACACAGAAACAAUAUAACUGCACCUGUUUCUUUCCACAGGGACACGGAAACAAUAGAACUGCACCUGUUUCUUUCCACAGGGAACACAGAAACAAUAGAACUGCGCCUGUUUCUUUCCACAGGGAACACAGAAACAAUAGAACUGCACCUGUUUCUUCCCACAGGGAAAACAGAAACAAUAGAACUGCACCUGUUUCUUUCCACAGGGAACACAGAAACAAUAGAACUGCACCUGUUUCUUCCCACAAGGACACAGAAACAAUAGAACUGCACCUGUUUCUUUCCACAGGGAACACAGAAACAAUAGAACUGCACCUGUUUCUUUCCACAGGGAACACAGAAACAAUAGAACUGCACCUGUUUCUUUCCACAGGGAACACAGAAACAAUAGAACUGCACCUGUUUCUUUCCACAGGGACACAGAAACAAUAGAACUGCACCUGUUUCUUUCCACAGGGAACACAUAAACAAUAGAACUACCGGAAUAACAAAUAUGUUAACAGGAAAUAUGUAUAGCUAGAUAAAAAUAUAUAGAUAAGUAUAGCUAGAUUUUACAUCACAUUUUAGUCAUUUAGCAGACGCUCUUAUCCAGAGUGACAUACAGUUAGUGAGUGCAUACAUUUUUAUAUACUGGAAUCGAACCCACAACCCUGGUGUUGCAAAUGCCAUGCUCUACCAACUGAGCUACCUUAGACCACUGAGCCACUCGGGAGGACAAGUAUAGAUAGAUAAGUGUAGAUAGAUAAGUAUAGCUUAAUAAGUAUAGAUAGAUAAGUAUAGAUAUCCCCUCUAAAACAUAACAGCUGGUAACUUUGCACCUGGUGCGAAACCGAACGCUUAGUCUGAUCUUACGUAAACUGCUCUCUCUCUCUCCGGGUUACACUCACUGACUGGAGAGGAUUGUUCCUACAACCAACGCAAGGCUCAGACUAACUAACCACCUGUUUAGUAAAACCUGCCAAGACAUUUCCCAGAGAUCAGAUUCUCUGAGGAUUUAGUUCUAGACUGGUGAGAUAAGAGCUGCCAUUCAUUCGAGGCGUAAUUAGCCGUUUAUUUUAGCUUUAGCUUUAUCGCAAAACAUUGAUGAAGGCCAUCUUGCUGUGAAAACAUUUUUACAUGACAUUUUUGUCAUUUAGUAGACGCUCUUAUCCAGAGCGACUUACAGUUGGUGCAUUCAUCUCAAGGUAGCUAGGUAGGAAAACCACAUGUCACAGUCAUAGUAAGUACAAUUCUUCCUCAAUAAAGCUGCUAAAUAUAAGCAGAAACGCUAAAUAAUAAAUGUAUUGCAUCAAAGCAAUAGAACGUCAUGCUACCGUCUUUUUCUUUCUAUGCUGGUGUUUGUAACAGGCUGCGUUUGUAACAGGCUGCGUUUGUAACAGGGUGCGUUUGUAACAGGGUGCUUUUGUAACAGGGUGCGUUUGUAACAGGGUGCGUUUGUAACAGGGUGCGUUUGUAACAGGGUGCGUUUGUAACAGGGUGCGUUUGUAACAGGGUGUGUUUGUAACAGGGUGCGUUUGUAACAGGCUGCGUUUGUAACAGGGUGCGUUUGUAACAGGGUGCGUUUGUAACAGGCUGCGUUUGUAACAGGCUGCGUUUGUAACAGGGUGCGUUUGUAACAGGGUACGUUUGUAACAGGGUGUGUUUGUAACAGGCUGCAUUUGUAACAGGGUGCGUUUGUAACAGGGUGCAUUUGUAACAGGGUGUGUUUGUAACAGGGUGUGUUUGUAACAGGGUGUGUUUGUAACAGGCUGCGUUUGUAACAGGCUGCGUUUGUAACAGGCUGCGUUUGUAACAGGGUGCGUUUGUAACAGGGUGCGUUUGUAACAGGCUGCGUUUGUAACAGGCUGCGUUUGUAACAGGCUGCGUUUGUAACAGGGUGCGUUUGUAACAGGCUGCGUUUGUAACAGGCUGCGUUUGUAACAAGGUGCGUUUGUAACAGGGUGCGUUUGUAACAGGGUGUGUUUGUAACAGGGUGUGUUUGUAACAGGCUGCGUUUGUAACAGGCUGCGUUUGUAACAGGGUGCGUUUGUAACAGGCUGCGUUUGUAACAGGGUGCGUUUGUAACAGGGUGCGUUUGUAACAGGCUGCGUUUGUAACAGGGUGCGUUUGUAACAGGGUGUGUUUGUAAUAGGGUGUGUUUGUAACAGGCUGCAUUUGUAACAGGGUGUGUUUGUAACAGGCUGCGUUUGUAACAGGGUGCGUUUGUAACAGGGUGCUUUUGUAACAGGGUGCGUUUGUAACAGGGUGUGUUUGUAACUGGGUGCGUUUGUAACAGGGUGCGUUUGUAACAGGCUGCGUUUGUAACAGGGUGCGUUUGUAACAGGGUGCGUUUGUAACAGGGUGCGUUUGUAACAGGGUGCGUUUGUAACAGGCUGCGUUUGUAACAGGCUGCGUUUGUAACAGGCUGCGUUUGUAACAGGGUGCGUUUGUAACAGGGUGCGUUUGUAACAGGGUGCGUUUGUAACAGGCUGCGUUUGUAACAGGCUGCGUUUGUAACAGGGUGCGUUUGUAACAGGCUGCGUUUGUAACAGGCUGCGUUUGUAACAGGCUGCGUUUGUAACAGGCUGCGUUUGUAACAGGGUGCGUUUGUAACAGGGUGCGUUUGUAACAGGGUGUGUUUGUAAUAGGGUGUGUUUGUAACAGGCUGCAUUUGUAACAGGGUGUGUUUGUAACAGGCUGCGUUUGUAACAGGCUGCGUUUGUAACAGGGUGCGUUUGUAACAGGGUGCGUUUGUAACAGGCUGCGUUUGUAACAGGCUGCGUUUGUAACAGGGUGCGUUUGUAACAGGCUGCGUUUGUAACAGGGUGCGUUUGUAACAGGGUGCGUUUGUAACAGGGUGUGUUUGUAACAGGGUGUGUUUGUAACAGGCUGCAUUUGUAACAGGGUGUGUUUGUAACAGGCUGCGUUUGUAACAGGGUGCGUUUGUAACAGGGUGCAUUUGUAACAGGGUGCAUUUGUAACAGGGUGUGUUUGUAACAGGGUUUGUAACAGGCUGCGUUUGUAACAGGCUGCGUUUGUAACAGGGUGCGUUUGUAACAGGGUGCGUUUGUAACAGGCUGCGUUUGUAACAGGCUGCGUUUGUAACAGGCUGCGUUUGUAACAGGCUGCGUUUGUAACAGGCUGUGUUUGUAACAGGGUGCGUUUGUUGGCCUUCUUAUUCGGUCUGUAUACACGUCCUUGCUAGGGGAAGAAUUCAGCUGGUGUUGAAGUCUAGUGAGGUGUUAUGAGUUUUUUCGUGUUAUCUGUCUUCUCCUGUCUGUCAAUGGAGGACAAAGCUCCUGAGGUGUUUCUCCUCAGUCAAUCCUCACACAGCAAGGUGGUGCCUAAAACAGGGUUUCCCUACCUUCACUUAGACAGAGCAGGGUUUCCUGUUUACCUUUCCUUUAGACAGAGCAGGGUUUCCUGUUUACCUUCCCUUAGACAGAGCAGGGUUUCCUGUUUACCUUCCCUUAGACAGAGCAGGUCCCCUUUGCCUAACACUCCUACUCAGAGACUGGCUUUUUAAACAGACGGACCCAGACCAUAAAAGGACGAUAUUGACCAAGUCCUUACGGGGUCAUUUGGCCUACAGAUUCUCACAAGUUUUUCCCUCUAAGCAGAUCACUUGGAUAGUGUUUUGGGGCGGGGAACAUCUUCUGAUCUCUGAUACUGACUGAAUCUGAACUGUCAACUAUUACUGAGAAAUAGACAUACAGACUGAAAGACAGAUAGAUAGUUAGAUGGACAGAAAGAGGGAGGAACAGUGGGAGAGAGGGAGGGAGAGAUAAAUGAAAGGAACGCUCCGCUCCCUCACUCUUCAACCAAGGUGAAUUGAGGAGCAAACUGAAGUGGCUGAAUAUGCUCUUCACUUCAGAGAGGGAGAGAUAGACAUGGUUAUAUAUUAGAGGGAUGGACAGACAGAGGGAGGAAGAGUAGGAGAGAGGGAGAGAUAAAAAAAUAAAUAAAAAAAAAGGUAUAUAUUAGAGGGUUGGAGAGUCUAUAUACAGUUGAAGUCGGAAGUUUACAUACACUUAAGUUGGAGUCAUUAGAACUCGUUUUUCAAUCACUCCACAAAUGUCUUGUUAACAAACUAUAAUUUUUGCAAGUCGGUUAGGACAUCUACUUUGUGCAUGACACAAGUAAUGUUUCCAACAAUUGUUUACAGACAGAUUAUUUCACUUAUAAUUCACCGUAUCACAAUUCCAGUGGGUCAGAAGUUUACAUACACUAAGUUGACUGUGCCUUUAAACAGCUUGGGAAAUUCCAUAAAAUGAUGUCAUGGCUUUAGAAGCUUCUGAUAGGCUAAUUGACAUCAUUUGAGUCAGUUGGAGCUGUACCUGUGGAUGUAUUUCAAGGCCUACCUUCAAACUCAGUGCCUCUUUGCUUGACAUCAUGGGAAAAUCAAAAGAAAUCAGCCAAGACCUCAGAAAUAAAAUGGUAGACCUCCACAAGUCUGGUUCAUCCUUGGGAGCAAUUUCCAAACUCCUGAAGGUACCACGUUCAUCUGUACAAACAAUAGUACGCAAAUAUAAAUACCAUGGGACCACGCAGCCGUCAUACCGCUCAGGAAGGAGACGCGUUCUGUCUCCUAGAGAUUAACGUACUUUGGUGCGAAACGUGCAAAUCAAUCCCAGACCAACAGCAAAGGACCUUGUGAAGAUGCUGGAGGAAACAGGUACAUAAGUAUCUAUAUCCACAGUAAAACAAGUCCUAUAUCGACAUAACCUGAAAGGCCGCUCAGCAAGGAAGAUGUCAAAACCGCCAAAAUUUGGUUGGGAGUCAUUGAUGGACAGCAAUAUUCAAACCUUGUCUCUGGUUUUCAAGCAAAUUUAAGUCAGGACUGCGGCUGGACCACUCAACACCUCUUGGAAAGCCAUUCUUGUGUGUCUUAGGCAUUAAACAUCUUGUAAUUGUCCCGCUGAAAAAUACAACUAUAUCCCAGGGUUAGGUUUUCAGAAGACUGAGGCGGGUUUUCUUCUAACUUUUUAUCUGGACUUUGCUGCUUUCAAAUGUAUUUUCAUCCUGACAAACUCCGUAGUUUCUGCCGGUGACAAGCAAACCCAUAACAUGAGGCUGCCACCACAAUACUUGACAAUACACAUCUUCAUUUUUAGAUUUUUUAUUAAUUUGGAAAAAUGUUCUAAAAUGUUCUUUCACUUUGAAAAUGUGGAAUAGGUUGUGUAGAUCUGUAGAAAAAAAAAAAUCUAAUUUAGACCAAAUUUGGUUGGUCCGGACCAAAUCUGUACCAAUCACAGACGUCUCUGUUUCACAGGCUUGGACAUCACAGUAGAGCACAGCGGUAGAGUUCAGUACAGUACAUUACAGUACAAUACAGUAAAUUAUACUGUACUCUGCUGUACUCUACUCUAAUGUCCUGUACCCUACUCUACUGUUCUCUAAGACCCAUCUGUUUGACCAGAAAUAAAAGCCUUUGCUUAUUCCUCAUUUUUAGAAUGGAAAAUGUUUGAAACUUUUAUAUAUGCCUUGAUUUCUGAGAAAUAUAGCCUCGUAGCUUUCAUUUGACACCAAAUUCCCAUGUUAGUGCCUUUUACAUGGAAACGCCCUUGUCACAAUCCAACUGCCACUAUACAAUAAAUCCCAAGCUCCCUUCAUUGCCACACCCACAUGCAUGUGCAAACACACCCACACACACACACGCAUGUGCAAACACACACCCACACACGAAUGUACUCAAAAUGUCAUGUGGUUUUGUUAGGAAUAUGGUUCUAUCUAAGAAAGGCUAUUUCUAAGGCUGUGCGCUGUACUCCUUCACUUCCUGUUACAACAGGAAGAAGCUACAUAGCACGAUGGGGUCUGGUUGUCAAGUGGACAGAGUGCGUUUGAUGGCUAAUAACUCCAUGUUGGAAUAAGACAUAAGAGUAUAAAAGGGUUUCAACCCAACACGUUGAUCCUGUUGUCUUGGAAUAUACUGGUGCUGAGAAAUACACCAGAGAAAUACACCAGAGAAAUACACCAGAGAAAUACACACCAGAGAAAUACACCAGAGAAAACAGUGACAACCAACCCCGGUCUCCCUCUCCUAAUAUGUAGAGUGGAAUUAUGGUUGCGUUCCUUAUUGCAGUCCCGCUGUGCAGAGAUUAUCGGAUGUUUAACAUCUCAGGAACCACAUCGAUAUUAUAUAGACAUUCUAAAACGUUGGGCAUAACUUCAACAUCCGUAUUGCUGUUGCUAGAACGUAGAGUGUACUAACUCGAUUAAUUAGAGGCUAUGUAUAGUGCAGUGAUGUCAUCCUCCUUUCUGUCCUGUCCUGUGUGCGUUGUAGAUGGGUCGUCUGGAUAAGAACCACCCGUUGGUAACUGGCCACACUGGGCCCGUCCUGGACAUCGACUGGUGCCCUCACAACGAUAACAUCCUGGCAUCCGGCUCAGAGGACACCACCGCCAUGGUAACGCUGGCAGCCUGAGUGUGUGUGUGUGUGUGUGUGUGUGUGUGUGUGGCCUUAGUCCUCUGGACUUCACAGAGAAAGACAUGGAUUACCGGACCAGCUAAAAUGGCUAUCAGCUAUCAUUAGAUUAUUAGAGAGUGUUUAUGUGAGUGUGUUUGUGUGUGUGUGUGUGUGUGUGUGUGCGCGCAUGGGCCGAGAGUGUGUGUGUGUGUGUUUGAAAAAACAGUGUGCGUUAAGUAUCAUUAUUUUGUGUAUAUGUGUAACGUUGUUUUGUGACCCCCUAUAUGUGUAACGUUGUUUUGUGUCCCCUGUAGGUGUUAAGUUAUAUUGUGUCCCCCUGCAGGUGUGGCAGAUCCCUGACCAGAUGGGGACCCGGCCCAUAUCAGAGCCCAUCGUGGUCCUGGAGGGACACUCCAAACGCGUCGGCAUUGUCACCUGGCACCCCACUGCACGCAACAUACUACUCACUGCAGGUACACACACACACACACACACACAUACACACACACACACACACACACACAACUCACUGCAAAAACACACACACACACACACCAUACAACUCACUGUAGGUACACCAACACACACACGCACACACACUUUUACUCCCUCUCCCUCCCUCCCUCUCCCUCCCUCCCUGUCCCUCCCUCCCUCCCUCCCUCCCCCAGGCAGUGAUAACCUGAUAAUAAUCUGGAACGUGGGAACUGGCGAGGCCCUCAUCUCCAUGGACGACCACCCAGAUCUCAUCUACAACGUCAGCUGGAACCGUAACGGCAGCCUGUUCUGCACCACCUGUAAGGACCGACGCCUCCGCGUGUGUGACCCCCGCAAGAGAGAGGUGGUCGCGGUGAGCUGGGGGAGGGGAGGGGAGGGGAGGGAGGGAGGGGGGAGGGAGAGGUAGGGAGGGAGGGAGUGGAGGGAGUGGGAGGGGGUGUGGUAGAGUUGGGGGGGGAGGUUUUCAGUGGGAUGGGAGGGGAUUGGCUUCUUUUAUUUUCUUUCUUGUUCCCGUUGCCGGGUUUCUUCUUGUUCCUUUCGGCUUGGGAGGACGGGGGCUGGUGGCUGGGGAAGGGUAGGGUGAGGUAGGGGUGAGGCGGUGGUGAGCUGGUCAGGGGGAGGGGUCCGUGUAUGUGGGGGAGGUUGUGAGUGGGAAUGGUGGGGAAGUGUACUUUGGGUGGGGUUGUGGCUUUGGGGAGGGGGGGGGGGAAUUAGAGGUGUGGACUGUAUUCUGGGCCCAGUAAUAAGGCCAGGAUUCAAUCCGAGUUGCGUUGUAAAGUGCUGUCGUCAAUGCUCCCGUUUUCGCGGAGAUUGCGUUCAUGGUAAAAGCUGCACAUGACGGCUCAAUUGGAAAUGACCUGUAAAUGUCAAGCUCACUACAACACGCCUCAGAGUAAAUCCAGUCUCUGUACUCUGUUAGUGAUGUCUGGCUUCUCCGUUCUGUCCAAUAGGAGAGGAUGACUCCACAUGAGGGGAUCCGACCAAUGAGGGCCAUCUUCACCAGAGACGGAAACCUGUUCACUACCGGCUUCACCAGGAUGAGCCAGAGAGAGCUGGGCCUGUGGGACCCGGUAACACACACACACAAGCCGACACAUACACACACAAAGGCAGGACACACACAGUCAGGACACACACAGGCAGGACACACACAGACAGGAACACACACAGACAGGACACACACACACACAGUCAGGACACACACAGACCAGCACACACAGUGACAACACAGCACAGACAGGACACAUCACACACAGUCAGGACACACACAUCACACACAGACAGGACACACACAGGACCCCAUCAGACACACACACAGUCAGGACACACAGUCAGACACACACAACAUCCAGGACACACAGUCAGGACACACACAGUCAGACACACACAGCACGACACACAGACAGGACACACAGUCAGGACACACACAGACAGGACACACAACAGACACACAUCAGGACACACACACAGUCAGGACACACAGUCAGGACACACACAGACAGGACACACAGUCAGGACACACAGUCAGGACACACACAGACAGGACACACACAGACAGGACACACACAGACAGGACACACAGUCAGGACACACAACACACAGUCAGGACACACAGUCAGGACACACACAGACAGGACACACAGACAGGACACACACAGUCAGGACACACACAGACAGGACACACACAGACAGGACACACACAGACAGGACACACGUCAGGACACAGACAGGACACACACACAGACAGGACACACAGACAGGACACACACAGACAUGACACACCAGACAGGACACAACACACAGACAGACCAGGGGCCACACAUCAGAACACACAGUACAGGACACACACAGUACAGGACACACACAGACACCAGACAGGUACUACCAGACGACAUAAACCAUGACGUAUCCCACAGGACAUGACACAUCACAGACAUGACCUCUAGACAUUACUGCAGACACCAGUCAGGAACCUAUUGCAACGUUGAGUGACACAAAACUGUCAGUUGCUCCCAUACACGACCCAUACACCACAGGUUACCCACGCUGGACACCAACAGGACAUCACACAGGACAGUUAUCACCCCAUGACACGCACAUACGGACACCAUCGACACACUACUACUAGCCACGUACAACCCCCCAUCUGCCUUAAGAUCAGGUCCAACUCAUUCCUGGACCCUACGUCCUGCACCAGUUACGGACUUUCACUUCAGUUAAGACCUCAACAACAACCACAUGACAGGAUCCACCAAUCGUGACCUAAUUCAUCAUCAGUCACACACAGCAGGACGUCACGUGCAGACACCCGCAUGACACACCGGACCCUCCGGACACUCAUUCUGACACACUGCCUUAGUGAACAUCACAUGUUGUACAUCUUCCCCGUACCCUCCUCCGUAUACACCCAUCUCACUCACCUCUACCCACUCCCGUUUACCCUCACAGCUACCCCUCCUUUACCCUCUCCUACAACCAUCAACCCUACCUCACCUUUACCCACUCUCUGCUCUCACCCUCCACGUUCGCACAUCACAUCUCCGUCUACCCCUCGACCAAACCCCCUCGCCCCGACCCCACUCACACUCCUCACACUCCCCCCCCUCUACCUCAUCCCUCCCUCUCCUCUACCCUCAUCCUUACCCUCUCCUCACUCCUCUUCCUCUCGCCUCUACCCUCUCCCGUCUACCCUCUCUCCUUCCUCCUCCCCCUCUCUCCCUCCCGCCUCUCCUCUCUCCCCAUCGCCUUUACUCUCCUCAUCCUCCUCACCCUCCCCUCCCACCCCGCUCUCCCCUCCCAAUCCCUCCUCGCCCCACCCCAACCCCUCUCACCUCCACUCCUCACACUCCCCUCGCUCUACCUAGCCUCUUUCCUGCCCCUCCCCAGUCCCCAUGCUAUACUCCUCACAACCCCUCCUCUCCCCCCACCCCAACCCCUUCCUAACCUCCCCUCCUAUUCUCUCCCCUCACCUCCCCACCCUUCUCUUCUCUGCUCUCUCCUCCCCUCCCCUCCUCUCCAGGGGGACAGUAGUAUCCGGUACUUUGAAAUAACAGAGGAACCUCCCUAUGUCCACUACCUCAGUACCUUCAGCAGCAAGGAGCCUCAGAGGGGGAUGGGCUUCAUGCCCAAGAGAGGAGUGGAUGUCAGCAAGUGUGAGAUUGCCAGGUAG